GGUAAGAUGGCUAGACGUUGUACCGCAACAUCGAGUGCACGGUCUCUUUGGUUUUGUGUACAAUAUUAAAUUUGAAGAUGGCAACGACUAUGGAAAUCGACGACGAUGAUUGUGAUUUGCCGACUUCCAGUAGUGGAAAAGGCGAGAAGAAGCGUUUCGAGGUAAAAAAGUGGAAUGCAGUGGCGCUCUGGGCUUGGGAUAUUGUGGUAGACAACUGUGCUAUCUGUCGUAAUCACAUCAUGGACUUAUGUAUUGAGUGUCAGGCAAAUCAGGCUUCUGCUACUAGCGAAGAGUGUACAGUGGCUUGGGGUGUAUGCAAUCAUGCUUUCCAUUUUCACUGCAUCUCACGAUGGUUAAAAACUCGACAAGUUUGUCCACUCGAUAAUCGUGAAUGGGAGUUUCAAAAGUAUGGUCAUUAAUCAGUCUCUUAUAGCUGCAGUCUCGAAUAUAUUUUUUAAGUGUGAAAAAAUGGUGAAGAAUUAUUUUGUUACAUGAGAAAAACAUUAUUGUUACGCAUAAAACAUUCUGAAUGAAGAUAAAAAAAAAAACGUUAGUGCACAAUUUGUAUUUACUUUUUCAAUAAGCAAAACUUCAAUUCAUAAACAGUCUCGUAUUUUGUCAUCAAAUUAUUUUUGCAUUUCCACUAAAUCAUGUUAAAAAUAUCUAAUUUCUAAGAUUGAUUACAGAAAAAAGCAGU